GAAACCAGAAGAGGCUUCUCUUCCUUCUUUUCUCUUCAACCGGCGAGUCAGCACAUAACAGAUACACACUCGAUUGAAAAAAGAGACGUCGUAGUUUUUUUUUGCCUCUAACAAUUCUGAAUUCAAGGCUAAAGAAUGUCGAACGUCUCGUACCAUAUCGCCAAUCUUUUAGAAAAGAUGGCUUCCAGCGAUAAGGAUUUCCGAUUCAUGGCAACCAAUGAUUUGAUGGGAGAGUUACAGAAAGAUUCCAUCAAGUUGGAUGAUGACUCAGAGCGAAAGGUUGUUAAGAUGCUUCUUCGCUUGUUGGAGGACAAGAAUGGCGAAGUUCAGAACCUGGCUGUCAGAUGUCUUGGACCUUUAGUCACAAAAGUGAAGGAUGUUCAAGUGGAAACGAUUGUUGAACAUCUUUGCACAAAUAUGUCAUCAGACAAGGAACAAUUAAGAGAUAUCUCUUCAAUUGGUUUAAAAACUGUUAUUAGUGAACUCCCUUUGACUGCAUCUGGAAUGGCAGCAUCUGUUUGUAAAAGAAUAACAGGUCGCUUGAACACGGCAAUUGCCAAGCAAGAAGAUGUGUCAGUACAACUAGAGGCCCUUGAUAUCUUGGCUGAUUUGCUUACCAGAUUUGGUAGUCUCCUGGUCUCCUUUCACGAAGCUAUCCGCGAAGCAUUAUUACCCCAGCUAGCUUCGCCGCGUCUUGCAGUACGCAAACGUACAAUCCAGGCUUUAGGCCACUUGGUUAUGUCGUGCCAUCAUACUCUAUACGUGAAGAUUAUGGAACACCUUCUUGAUGGUCUGGCCAAGAACUCUACCACUUCAACAACCAGAACUUACAUUCAAGCAGUUGGUGCUAUAUGUCGACAAGCCGGUCAUCGCUUUGGUGAGAACGUGGAGAGAGUGGUGCCGUCUCUCAUUCAGUUCAUUAACGUAGAUGAUGAUGAACUCCGAGAGUUCUGUCUUCAGGCUUUUGAGGCACUCGUUCACAAAUGCUCCAAAGAGAUGACACCUCACAUUGGUACUCUCACUGGUAUCUGCCUGGAAUUAUUAGCCUAUGAUCCAAACUACAAUUACGAAGAAGAAAACGGCGAAGAUGACGAAGGAGAUAUGGAAACUGAAGAAGAAGAUGAAGAAAAUGAGGAGGAGUAUUCGGAUGAUGACGACAUGUCCUGGAAAGUACGACGAUGUGCUGCAAAAUGCUUAGAGGCGAUUAUCAGCACCCGCCCAGAUUUGCUAAUAGAUUUUUACCGUACCAUUUCUCCUGUGUUGAUCGGUAGAUUUAAAGAGCGUGAAGAAAACGUAAAAGCUGAUAUCUUCCAUGCAUUCAUUGCUCUUUUGAAACAAACCAAGCCAUCUGGAUCUGUUCGCGACGAUGGUACUGGCUUCGGCGCUAAUCAAGAGAUUUACAGCGUGUUGAUGCAACAAGUCCCUCUCAUUAUUAAAGCCACCAGUAAACAAAUGAAGGACAAAAGCCUAAAAACUCGACAAGGUGUGCUUGCCCUUUUGACCGAGCUAGUUUUGGUUAUUCCUGGGUGCUUGAGCCCUCAUUUCAGUCAGUUGGUCCCAGGAAUCCUCUUCUGUCUCAAUGAAAGGAAUGCGAGCUCUCCGAUGAAAAUAGAUACUUUGCAAUUUGUACACACGGUACUAAUUCACCAUCCGCCCGAAGUGGCUCACGAGCAUAUUGCAGCAUUGUUGCCUUCUUUGUUGAGUGCUGUAUCCGAUCCGUUUUACAAGAUCACAUCCGAAGCUCUUUUGGUUCUCCAGCAAUUGGUGCGAGUGAUGCGUCCAUUGGAUUCAGCCACCACAUUUGACUUUACACCAUACACAGUCUCCAUUUAUGAUAGCGUACUAGUCCGGCUUAAAGCUGCUGAUUUGGACCAGGAAGUCAAAGAGCGCGCCAUUUCAUGCAUGGGUUUCAUAGUUUCUCAUCUGGGAGAUCACCUUGCUGAUCAACUAAUGGUAUGCCUCCCCAUCUUUUUGGAUCGUCUUCGAAACGAGAUUACCCGGUUAACGACAGUCAAAGCUUUAACAAAAAUUGCUUCGUCUCCGUUACACAUCAAUAUAAGCCCAUUGUUGCCCGAAGCACUUCCAAUUCUUGCGGGAUUUUUGCGUAAGAACCAGCGGGCACUUAAACUAACUACCCUUGCUUUGCUCGAUCGUAUCGUCAACAACUACAGCGCUGCGCUAACACCGGAACUACUGCAUGCGGUUUUGACCGAAAUACCGCCUCUGCUGUCGGAAUCUGAUUUGCACAUCGCGCAGCUAACCCUUCAUUUGCUCACUUCUGUUGCGCGGAAUCAGCGUUCGGCGUUUCAAACCGGUGGAGUUAAUGGAGGCAUUUUGUCCGAAGUCUUCAAUCUUUUGCGCUCACCUUUGCUUCAAGGUGUGGCUCUGGGAUCCCUUCUAGAUUUCCUACAGGCUUUGGUCGAGUUUAAUGCUCCGGGAUCUGGUCUUGGCUACCGCGAUUUGUUGAUGUGUCUGAUGAAUUUGGCGUCAAAACCUGGUCUCCACAAGACUGCCCAUCAUUCUGUCGCCCAGGCUGUUGCUUCACUGGUUGUGACGCAACCUGUUUCUGAAGCUUUUACUUUGGUACAGAAUUUUCUUCAGGAAGCUCAGAGACCUCAUUCUGAUUGGCAACACAUCUUUGCCCUGCUCUGCAUGGGAGAAAUUGGCAAAAGAAUGGAUCUUCACCAAGUCCCAGGGUUGGGACAAGCAAUCAUCGAUUCCUUUGGCCCACCAAAUGAAGAAGUAAAAUCUGCAGCUUCGCACGCCCUCGGUUCAGUAGCAGUGGGAAAUCUUCCAGCUUUCUUGCCCUUCAUUCUUACUCAGAUUGAAACUCAAUCACGGCGUCAGUAUUUGUUGCUCCACUCGUUAAAGGAAGUGAUUACUUCGCUGUCACUUGGAACCGAGGCCAUUGCACAACUGCGCCCUUUCGUACCCCAAAUUUGGGAUCUUCUCUUCCGUCACUGCGAGUGUAACGAAGAAGGAACACGCAAUGUUGUGGCGGAGUGUUUGGGAAAGCUUACUCUCACAGACCCAGAGGGAUUGCUUCCACGACUUCGAGCAGCUCUGAACAGCCCUAGUGCGUUGAUGAGAACCACGAUCGUCACAGCAGCCAAAUUCACAAUUUCUGAUCAAGUCCAGUCCAUUGAUCCUCUGCUGAAGCAAUGUAUGGGCGAUUUCCUUCAAACCUUACAGGAUGAUGACUUGAAUGUGCGACGAGUGGCAUUAAUUGCCUUUAAUUCGGCAGCACACAACAAGCCUUCCUUGGUCCGAGACUUACUCGAUUCCGUUUUGCCUCAGCUCUAUAACGAAACCAAAGUCAGAAAAGAGUUGGUCCGCGAAGUGGAAAUGGGUCCCUUUAAGCACACCGUUGACGAUGGUCUUGACCUUCGUAAAGCCGCUUUCGAAUGCAUGUAUACCCUUCUGGAUUCAUGUCUUGAUCGAUUGGAUGUUUUCGAAUUUUUGAAUCACGUUGAACUGGGACUGAAAGAUCACAACGACAUCAAAAUGCUGACUUAUUUAAUGGUUGCCCGUCUGGCCACGUUGUGUCCUACUGCCGUUCUUCAACGCCUCGAUCGAUUAGUCGAACCCCUACGAACUACUUGCACGGCUAGAGUUAAGGCGAAUGCAGUCAAACAAGAAUAUGAAAUGCAGAAUGAACUUAAGCGAUCUGCCAUGCGAGCCGUGACUGCAUUGCUGAUCAUUCCUGAUUCGGAUAAAAAUCCACAACUUAACGAGUUCGUUCUGCAUAUUCGUUCAUCACCCGAUCUUCAGACUCUUUUCGACUCGAUCCAGAAAGAUGGCUCCGGACAUCAUGGAAAUGCUGCAGGUGGAUCCAGUGAUUCGAACAUGGAUUUAAGUUAAAGUGGUGUAUAAUUAUGUAUCUAUUAUCGAGAAAAUCGGAUCGGGGAAUUGUCACGAAUGAAACAUUGUUUCGUUCUUUUCUUUGAAAUGUCUAUGGUGGAUGAAAGGGAAGUAGGGGUACAUGUAUUAACCAUUCUUCUUGAACGGAUGCGUUGAACAUUGUUUAAGUUCAGUUCCACUACGAUGCACUUUUCAGCACGGUGUGUAUCUUUUUCUGAGAAAAAAAGAUCUGUUGCGUUAUUUCAUCUUUUCCCCCAUGUCAUUUUAGAUAUUCAAAAUCGAGAAAUACAACUUUCCUGCAAAA